AUGAGCGAUAUGAUAGGGCCACAUUUAACUGAUUUUGUACCUCUAUCGCUAUUGACCAGAACUUUGGUUGAAGAUGAAAUGGAAUAAUCUUAAAAUUAUACUACCCAAUAUCAAUCAUAAUAAAUUAUCAAUCACAUUAAAAAAACUAUUAGAUUUAAUGAAGAUAUCGCAGUGUUAUAUUUUCUUUAAUCAGACCCUGUUAAAUAAAUCUCAAAGUCUUUGCAAUCACUGAAAAUUUAGUCUUCUAUGAAAUGGGUUAACCCAUCAAUGAUUUAGUGCUGA